ACUGAUCCGCAUCGAGAUCCCAAUUCCUUCAUUCGGAAGGCGAUCGGCUUGUGAUUGCGCGACAGAUUCGUGGGGUCGGUGAUGGAAGCAGAAUUCCGACACUGCUGGACUUGUGCAUAAGGUCGAUCAGUUGCAGACAUUGAAUCUGGUGUCCAUCGUGGGAGGUAUGGCUGUUUCCCGGGUCAGUGGAUUGCUUUCUCUUUUGCGGAUUUCUCCUGCAGCUUCGUCCGGAGUUCUUCAGUCGGGCCAGGUCCGAGCGCAGGUGGGAAAUCAGUUUCGUACUGGGGAGCAGGGGUCAUCGGAUGGCGGAGAAUGCGAGGUGCUUUCUUCUGCCAGGAGACAUAUGCCUACGUUUAUGAGCACCAUUUCGCCGUCCAACGAACUGAUAAAUGGAGAAGUCGCUCACAGUAAAACAGGCCUCACAUCGGCAGUUCCAAAGGUGCACUCGAAGACAGUGUGUCCAAACGCAGUCGCAGUUGAUAAGGCAUUAGAGAACUUGCGUAGUAUUGUUAUUGGUGGUGAUGGUGGACAAUUUUUUCCCACAUCAGGUUUGCGAGCUGCUUGUAGACAGACUCUGUAUCCUUUUGCUGCUUCGGGAAUUCGUAAGCUUGCAAAAAACGGAUGCGGCCAGCAGGUUCGAAGUAUAAUGGUAGAGGUUAAAAAUAACGAUUUGGACAGGGCUAUACGUCGGUGGAGGAGGAAAUGUAAGGAGGAAAAUUUGAAGGUACUGAAAGAUAGGGAGUACUUUAGAAAGCCUUCGGAGUUGAAAGUGCUUGCUCGGAAAGAAAGGGAUCACCGAAUUAUAAAGAGAGCUUUCAGGCAAAAGCUGAAGUGGAUUAUGAGCCGUCGACAGAGAGGGUUCUAAGAUAUGAACUUCAACAUCUUUGCCGAGAAGCUGCCUGUUAGCCGCAUCCCAGCGAUUCACAUCGAUUGAAGCGAAACUCGAAAAGCUUUUUGAUUCUGAACUGCGCAUAGAAAACAUUUUAGUCAAACAAACCUAUGUGGUUUUCUCAUUUUUUACCGAUCAAAAGUAGAGAACAAGGGCGAAUGCAUGAAUUAUCCCUUCUUUAAACGCAUACAAUGGUUCGAUCCUGUUUUUGAAAUAAAAGCAAUUAUUUUCUGGUCUGAUCAUUUAGAGC